AUGGAGAAUAGCUCUAGUAAUCAUCAUCAUCAUCAUUCAUCAUCUCCUUCUUCAAACAAGUCCAGUCUACGAAUCAAUCAUCAACAUUCAGCAUCAGCAGCAUCGGUAUCACCUGGACACUACAGAAAGCCCAAAAAGCUCCACAUUCUCAACAAAAUGGAACGAGAAAGAAGAGAACAAUUCGAGAGAUUGAAGCAAAGCCAACAACCCAUUCCAACAACUACUCAAUCAGCUACGUUUUCCAGCAAAUCUCUUUCUGAAUCCAUGACUAGGCUUUCUCUUGAUUCUUCCAGUUCACCAAGUUUACUUUCUUUGGCGUCUAGCUUACAAGAUCCUGACAAGUCGAGUCCUCAACAACAAAAGAGCGAAGAUAAAGCUGGUCUUGUGGACACCAAAAUUUCCUCCACUCUGCCAUUACGUCCAAUUCCAAUACAUCCUUCUACUUUCAACAAUACUCUUAAUGUAAAGAAUAACGCAAACUCCAAUUCAUCCUCAACUAUCAUUCCUAUAAGCAGCUAUGAUCCAUCUGUAAAGACUAAUUCCUCUACCAUUACCUCCUCUAGCAUUCCAAAAACUCCCCAAUCUCAAAAAACAAAGCAAUUUUUCAAACGAAAGAUUAUUUCACCAAUGCAAAACCCUACUCUUGUAAAUGAAGAAGCAGAAGAUUUUACAGACAUUUCUAAGAGAUUGGCAUUCGAUCAAAAGAAUGUCGCAAUUAAGGUGCGUCCUUCCAUUCCUCCAUCAUCUAAUUCCCUCACUUCUGACCCUCCUCUCUCCACACCUGAAAAAAGAUUGACGAAAAGAAUUACCCUUCACAAGAAAACUAGUGUUACCAAGGCUCCAGACGUACCCUACUCACUCAAAUUUGUUUUUUAG